GAGAGCGAAGAAGAAGAAGACUGCGGGAUCUGCCUGCAUCAUCAGGAAACUCACAGAGCCGGACGGGAGACAGAAAAGAUGGCGUUCACAUUCGCGGCCUUUUGCUACAUGCUCGCCCUGCUGCUCACGGCGGCGCUUAUCUUCUUCGCUAUCUGGCACAUUAUAGCUUUUGACGAGCUGAAGACCGACUACAAGAAUCCUAUAGAUCAGUGCAACACUUUAAAUCCGACAGUUGAAAAGGUCAAAAAGAUUAAAAGAGUCAAAAUUGCAUUAAAGCUGGUUCUUCCAGAGUAUCUCAUCCACUUCUUCUUCUGUGUGAUGUUCUUCUGUGCGGCCGAGUGGCUCACCCUCUGUCUCAACCUGCCGCUGCUGGCUUAUCAUGUCUGGAGGUAUAUGAGCAGACCCGUGAUGAGCUGCCCAGGACUCUACGACCCAACAACCAUCAUGAACGCUGACAUCCUGGCGUACUGUCAAAAAGAAGGCUGGUGCAAACUGGCUUUCUAUCUCCUGUCAUUCUUCUACUAUCUCUAUGGGAUGAUCUAUGUGCUGGUGAGCUCUUAAACCGGACGAUGAAGGACAAGGACCUGCAUGUACAGUAGACGACCAGACACUAUGAACUUAGUGCUGCAACACUGGACCUGCUGGAGAUCCCCCCGCUCAGCCAUACAAGGCGCCAUUUCAAGCUGACGAACUCUCCAACCUCCCCACACACAGCGCAGAGUGUCAUUUCGGAAACAUUUAGCCCGUCUUAAGGGAAAAUCAUGGUCGAGGCGUUCUUUUCAUAGCAUUACAGUUUAAAAUUUUAUAGAAAAUAAGGACAAAACCUCAUCUACGGACAAGUUUUCUUUUUUUUUUUUUCUUUUAAGGGUGUGGUGAUUUUUUUUUGAUACUUGGGAUUUAAAUAAAGUUUUGUUUUCAUCUUGGUUCCCAGGUGAGAAUCUGAGCUGCAUUUGCUUUUUUCUGCCGAUUUACAUUCGGAGCUUUUAACAGCUAAUUUCCGCCACGUGAUUUCAUUGCCAUCGCUAAAACAGCAAAGUGCAAACCGGACUCCUGCUCACAGAUGGAUAUGGUCUUGAAAUGAACAUGAAGGUACAGAUAUGUACAGCGAGGGCUGACGUGCAUUGGGUUAUCACUUAGAGAAACGUGUUGCACGGGGACAAUCGUCGUCUGGUUGUCACUACAUCUGAUGAAUAGCUUCCAUGUUUCAGACCCAUCUAUCACGUUGAAUCAUGUAAUCCCCGCUGAAAGUAUCGGUGAUAUGUUUUAAGUGUGAAUCCAGAGUAGAAAGCAACGUGUGUGUGUGCGACCUGUGUUUGUGUAGAAUCACCCCCCCCUCCCCACAGCUGUGGAUAAAUUUAAAAAAGGUCGACUCAACAGUACCAGAAUGUUCUCAACAUUUUGAUUCUCUUGCUUUCUGCAUUGGAGUUUCUCUGAAUCUGCUCCUGUGCCACUGUUGAAUGGACCUUUUUCAAAUUCCUCUGCUGUUCUCGUCUUUGUGAGUCUUGUUAAUUUCAACACCGAAUACUCCAGUGUUAGGAACGCCAACUUUUAUUUAUUCAGUGUUUUUCCUUUUGUCUCCAGGAUAUCAAACACUCCUCGGUGUUGCUCAUGUCAGGAAUCAAGAAUCUGGAAAGUAAUCUCCUUUUAGAGUCGAGGCCGAUAGACUUCAUUUUUCAGAAAUACAGUAUUUAUUGCCAUUUUUAAAUGUGUAAAUUUAUCAGGGAAAGGGAUAAAGAUCAUUUGUCACAAUAAUGUUUUUAUGUAUUAGAUCCCAUUUGUGUCGCAUCUAGGAAAUGACAACUUGAGUUUAUUUGAAUCUAAAUAAAUUCAUCCCACUCUUUA